UGUCGAUGACAGAGUCAACUAGUUGUACUUAGUUCAAGAUAAAUUUGGAUUUUGGGUGCCUAGUUGAAUAAUUGAUUAUCAUUGCCUGGGGUCCACCUUGAUGCCAAUUCCACCUAGUUGAAUGGUUGGUUGUCUCAAUACUCUUCUUCACCUUCUCACCAGCAACAAAUAAGCCGUUUUCAGGAAAGAAAUACUUUGCUAGAUCUGCAGUUAGUGAGAUUUGUUUCUCUCUUAAAAUUUGAGAGUGAAACUGACGAAAAUCCCUCCAAAAGAGAUCGAGAUGGCCUCCACUUGCAGCGUCGAUCGUGUCUUACUUGGUCUAGAGUUAAUUCUGAACAGAUUCGAAGGCAAUUUUUUUCUUUUGUGUGGCGGUGAUAGAGUUCUUUCGGAUGUUCGUGAUGCAAUCAAACACAUGAAAUUUCUCAAAACAUUUCUUAUGUGUGCUAGAAAGUGGAGCCUUGUUCAUUUGUACCUGCAAUCUGACAAUGUUGCGAAGAAGGUGAGUCUUCCAUCUUUCUUAUCUUGUAUCGAAGAUACCUUUCACAAAUCCGAGGCGGACAUUCAGUCUCUUUGCCUUAGAUUAGAAACGGAAAAAUAUCAAUGGGUUAUUCACGUUUCUAAUUUUGCUCGUGGAGUGUUCCGCGAAAUUGAGAAAAAGAUCACAUCACUCAAGCAAGAAAUCAUCCAAAUUUACCUUGCUUUGGCAAGCAGCAGGUCAUUUCAAUCAAAUUCUUGUAUGACAGAUGAUGAACUGUUGGAAUUCAUAGACCUCAUCCUCCAAAAUCUAGCAGAUUUGACAAAUGACGAUUUGAAUUGGAAAAUUACUAAAUUGUCUAUUUUUGCUGCUUUGAGUGCUCAAGUCCAAGAUCUUGAAGCAAAGCUGACAUUCUUGAAAAGCUUCAUUCCCUUUGCCAAAAUGCGAGGAACCGCAGAUAUUCCUGCCUUGCUAUUGGCUCACUUUGAAGCGGUGGCUUUGACCGCAGCACGCCUCUCUUACAUGUGGUCCUUUUGGAAAAAUGUCGAGUACAGAAGUACUUGCAGCUUCAAACUCCUCAGCAUCAGAGCGGUUGAUUUUCAUGUCUACGAGAUAUAUAAGGAAGUACUUGCAGCUUCAAACUCCUCAGCAUCAUUACAUACAGCAGUGAUGGAUGAGCGGAUAUUGAACAACUUCAAUGAUUCUCUGAUAAGUCGUCUCUGGGAGUUGUUAUGCUGCAGCUCUAGCUUUGUGGAUUCUAUGAAAGAUCAAAUGCGAAUACUCUAUGCAGGCCUGAGGUUUUUGAGAAGCAUUUUAAGGGAGCAUCAUGAGAUGAUGGAUGAACAAAAUGAAAAAAUUGGAGCUCUCCUUGGUGAGGCAGGCAUUAUAAUAUUCUCGCCCACUCUGAGCAGUGUGAUAGAAGGAGAAGUUAGCUUCUCAGGAUCCACCCAGGUUCUUGAUUUUUGUGAUAUGCUGGCCAAUACCAACAUCCAUAUCAAGCAUUUUAAGGAUCAGAUCAGUGUCUCAAGUACUAUAGAGAGUCUUCCUAAUUCCUCUCAUAGCUUAAGAGCACCAGAAGUUAGCCAGACUUCCAGCCGCAUGCUAUCAAAAGGUAAAAUGCCAAUAGACCAUGAAGUCAUGGUUGGUCUUGAUGAUGAGGCAGAAAAAGCAAUUGAACCACUUAUCAAGCAUUUUGAGGAUCAGCUCAGUGUCUUAAGUACUAUACAGAGUCUUCCUAAUUCCUCUCAUAACUUAAGAGCACCAGAAGUUAGCCAGACUUCCAGCCGCAUGCUAUCAAAAGGUAAAAUGCCAAUAGCUCGUGAAAUCAUGGUUGGUCUUGAUGAUGAGGCAGCAAAAGUAAUUGAACGACUUGUAAGCGGAUCAAAACAGGUGGUAAUUGUUCCCAUUGUGGGAAUGGCUGGGCUUGGUAAGACAACUUUAGCCAAAAAAGUUUACAAUGAUAGUUCAGUAACCUGUCACUUCCACAUUCGUCUUUGGUGCACUGUUUCUCAAGAAUUUAACAUGAAAAGCUUGUUAACACAAAUUUUGUGCUCUGAUGGAAAACACUCUAGGAUGGAUGACUUGCUUGAAAAGCUCCAUCAAAGGCUAUUGAAGAAUCGGUAUCUUGUUGUUUUUGAUGAUGUCUGGGACAUUGAGGUAUGGAAUGAGCUGAGAACUGCAUUCCCCAAUGACAAGAAUGGAAGUAGAAUCAUCUUUACGAGUCGAUCUUCUAAUGUAGCUUCACAGGUUCAAUAUGGUGGAGAACCUCACUAUCUUCACCCACUCAGUGAGGAAGAAAGUUUCGAAUUGCUGCAGAAGAAGGUGUUUGGAGAAGAAGAAGAAUGUCCUCAAGCAUUGCAUGAAUUGGGAAUGGAGAUUGUCAAAAAGUGCUGGGGAUUACCCUUUGCAGUUGUUGUUGUAGCUGGAAUUCUAGCAACUAUAGAGCAUGAUAUUUUGGUUUGGAAAAAGUUUGCUGAAAGUUUUACUUCAACCACGGUGUCUGGUACAGACCAGUGGAAGAAGUUCUUGGAGCUCAGUUAUGAGCAUCUACCAUAUCACUUGAAGGCAUGCUUGCUGUCUUUUGCUGCAUUUCGAGAAGAUGAAAAAAUUCAUGCCAAGAGUUUGAUGCGUCUAUGGAUUGCAGAAGGGUUUGUGGAAAUAAUUGAAGGAAAGAGAUCAGAGGAUACUGCAGAAGAAUAUUUGAUGGACCUAAUUGGCCGAAACCUGGUUAUGGUAAGUAAAAGCAGAUCCAUUGGUGGAGUCAAAACUUGUUACAUUCACGAUUUGAUAUUUGAGUUCUGUAAGGGCGAGGCGAAAGAAAAGAAUUUCCUUCAGGUCCUGCGAGGAUAUAAUGAGCUUUCUACCUUUAAUGAGCCUCCCAACUUACCUCGGUUGUCCAUUUACUCCAGUGGAGAAGAUUUUAUAAAGUCAAGGCUAUUUUGUCCGCAUUUAUCCAGUCUGCUAUUCUUUGAUGCUACUCCAGGAGAUAAUACGUUUAAUUUGUUUAAUAUCUCCUUCCUUUUUUGCAUCUACAAACAUCUUAACGUUCUGCAUUUAGAGGGCAUUGACCUAAUGUUGAAGGAGCUUCCAGCUGAAGUCGAAUCACUUCUUUGUUUGAGGUACUUAGCCCUUGAAGCAGAGUGCAUGAAAUUCAUUCCACCAUCUAUAGCCAAGCUCUCACAUUUGGAAACCUUCUUUCUUAAUUCUGAUGAGAUUGUUUCAUUGCCAGAUAGCAUCUGGAACAUGAAGAAGUUGAGGCAUGUAUGUUUGUGCGCUGGCGUCGUUAUUGGUCUUUCUUCCAACGACAACGGUAUUGAAAACCUCUCCACUUUACCCAAUUUAGACACACUCUCUUGUUUGCGUCUUUAUGAAGAGGGAGAGAACUUAUUGAGAAGGAUUCCCAACGUUCGCCGACUUAAAAUUUCCGAUUGUCAGACUGGAAAUGGAGUGUUGAACAUGAGUCGACUAGAAUGCCUAGAAUCACUCACCUGGCUGGGCAAUUACUCCUCAGGUUCACGGGAACAUGUUGAGCUUUCCUUUCCCGUGAAUUUGAAGAAGUUGAGUCUUGAAGCUUUGGGCCUUCCCUGUAGUAAAAUGUCAUUGAUUGAACUACUACCCAACCUUGAAGUCCUCAAAUUAAGAGACCGGGCAAUGGUCGGCCAAAGAUGGGAGCUGAUGGAAGGAGGAUUCCCUAAACUCAGGGUCUUGACUUUGGACUCUACAAAAGUUGAAGAGUGGAUAGAGGCAGACCCUGACAGUGAUGAUUACUUCCCGUGCCUUCAGCAAUUAAAACUCGACAAAAUUUCUGAAUUGGAAAUGAUGCCUGCUUGUUUAGGGCGUAUAUCUACUCUUGAAAGGAUUAAGGUGAGUUAUUGCACAGAUGGCGUCAAAUCUUUAGUACGGGAAAUUGAAGAAGCACAGGAAUAUAAUUAUGGAAAUGGGAAUCUGAAGAUCAUCAUCAUUGAAGACUGAAGAGUAAUAUUUUUUGUCAGCUGGUGCAAUAUCUGGUAUUUUUUUGUUUGUCAUCACCAUCAAUUGGCUUGUAGAAAUAAUCAUGCUUUUCAUUUUUAAACAAGUUUAAUUUAUAUUUACCAUUUGGUAGUUUUUUUGUACUUCAGUAGUUGCCUGUAAUGCAUGCACGAGCACAUUGAAAUUGACGAGCAAACAACUAAUUAUUGCUCUAUUUUUUUUUUCUUAAUGAUAUCAUCAGGGAGUGCUAGGAGGAUUGUAAUUGGUCGUCUGUGCGGUCUGACUUUCUUUGAUACUUUUCUUGUGAAGAUAUGGUGGAAACAAUCAAUGAGAUUAUUCAGAUAUUUUGCUGUUGGCC